AUGGCAAAGCUGGGAAUCGCAGACUCAGAGGACACUCGACAUCAAGUCAGAGUUGCAGUCACACAAGCUGAACCCAAAUGGCUUGACUUGCAGGGUUCAGUCGACAAGACAUGUGCUUUGAUCGUCGAGGCAGCCAAAGGAGGUGCUGAGAUGCUGGCUUUCCCUGAGUGUUGGGUUACAGGAUAUCCUGCUUGGAUCUGGGCGCGACCAGUUGAUACAGAUCUUGCGAGCCGGUACAUCAAAAACUCGAUGUGCGCCGAUGGCCCAGAGAUGGCAAGAAUCCAGCAAUGCGCGGCCGACAACGACAUGACAGUCGUCCUUGGGUUCUCGGAAAACUUCCACAACACUCUGUACAUCUCACAGGCCAUCAUCGACUCUGACGGCAAGCUGCUUGCACUUCGAAGGAAGAUCAAAGCUACACACAUGGAGAGAACAAUCUUUGGUGAUGCUUCUGGCGAUGCCCUCACAAGCGUUGUUGAUACGCGUGUCGGCCGUGUCGGAGCACUCUCUUGCUGGGAACAUAUUCAGCCCCUACUCAAAUAUUAUCUCUACAGUCACCGCGAGCAGAUCCAUGUUGCUGCAUGGCCGCCAUUGCAUCCAUACAAGGACAAAAAGGAAUUGUGGUCCAUGUCGAGAGAAGGCGCCCGUACAUUAUCUCAAACAUACGCAAUGGAGUCACAAGCCUUUGUACUUCAUGCGACAUCCGUCAUCAGCGAACAGGGAAUAAGCCUCAUGAACACGACGGGGGGCGCUGUCAUGAGUACUCCAGGAGGAGGUAGCUCUGCAAUUUUUGGACCUGAUGGGAGGAUUCUCACCGACGACAUGCCUCAAUGCGAGGAGGGAAUAUUGUAUGCCGUACUUGAUUUGGAUGAAAUCUUACGGUGUAAGAGUUUCGUGGAUGUCUGUGGGCACUACAGUCGACCGGAUAUGCUGUGGCUUGGAGUUGAUCGAGAGGUCAAGAAGCAUGUGCAGUAG